AUGAUGGUUCCAAUUGUCGCAAACGGUGUCUGGGUGAAAAACGAUAUCGUUCUAUGCAGGAGCACAUCAGACGUGCUCACCCCAAUUAUUAUAUCCCGAAGCUUCCCGCGACAGAGGAAAGCUUCCAGCGAUAGAGAUAUCUUCGCUCGGGACCAAAACUCCCCUGCCACGCCCCGAACUCUAGAAGAAGCUCAUCCUGCUGCUGCCACAGCUGCAGUGGCGCUGGCGCAGCUUCAACACCACCGAUUGAUGUCCGAAUGGGACUCUGAAGUGGAUGCUCACUCUGAUAGCGAUAUAAGAAGGGAUCGCAUGCGCUCUUCUGUGGAGCUGCCUCCCCUCCGUGACCAUUUCAAACAGGAGUCGAUUCCUCCCUUUUCACCCCGUCCACGAGAGCUACUCCCGUCCAUCUUGGCACAUUCACCACCAGGUCGCUCGUCCACGCUACCACCAAUACAACGAAGGGAAAAAAUUCAACGCGCUCGCAAGGGUUCAUUGACACAAGCUCGUAAAGGAAAACAUGAACGUACAAGAUCCAAGGAGUAUGGUCGCCGAUCCAGUAUCAACGAACGUAAAGCGCUAUCGGCAGAGCCUCAGACGGCAGCUUGGGUACAGGGAAAGCGAUGGGAAGACCUGAUUGAAGCCGCUACUUCAGCUACCGAAGUAGACGAUGACCGUGAUAUGACACCUGUCCCACACUCACCACCAUUCCGUUCUCUUGCGAGCGUCACUUCAGCUCCUUCGGUCCAGAAGCAUCGCUCAUCCCUACCGCCUGCAUUUCAAUCAACACCUGGAUUGCCACCUGCGCAGUCGUCCUAUCCCAGGCAAUUCGCACCUCUCUCCUAUACAGCUUCUCCCCUCCAAAAAGCGCUCACGCCUCCUCCUUAUGAACAUAGCGGACCACCGGACACGGACCUAGAACCAUUCCCAUCGGUAGAAUCGUCCCUGGAUUCUAACUCAUCCGUUUCUGGCAAAAAUUUCCAUAUGUCCGCUUCCGGAUUACCUCCUCCAAUGUCCGACUCCAGUCCUGUGCAACCACCUCGUCCCGGAACCAGUUCCUAUCCACUGUCCUCCCACCCUCACCAGCUACAACCACAUAUUCGGAACAGGAUCCAUCAUCGAUUGUCCAACCCUACUCCAUUCGGUAGCCAUAACGGCAAGGACGUUCAAAUCUAUUGCGCCUCUUGCUCUAGACCGUGGCCUCUCCGCGAGUGCCUUGCUUGCACUGAAUGUAUCUGUGGUGUUUGCAGAGAGUGCGUAAGCAUGAUGUCGGGAACUAUCGGGGCGAGUCCAGCUUCGAUCUUGAACCCGACGAGCAACCCCGGGAACGGGAUCAGCGGCAACGGAAAUAUCAGUGCGCCGCGAACAGGCCUACCUGGCCGACGCGGGUGCCCGAGUUGCGGGACGAUCAGUGGAAAGUGGAAAAACUUCCAGCUUGAUUUCCGGUGA